AAUGUCUUCCUCUUUAGAAUUUGUGACGAUAUUUACUCUGUUAGUUGCUUCUUAUUUGCUUAGUGUUGUGCACUGUGGCAAUUUCUAUGAUGACGUAGAAAUCCAAUGGGGUGGUGGCCAUGGCAAGAUUUUUGACAAUGGCAAGCUUCUCUCGUUGUCUCUUGAUAAAUAUUCUGGCUCUGGAUUUCAGUCUAAGAGCAAGUAUCUCUUUGGAAGACUUGAUAUACAAAUGAAACUUGUUCCUGGAAAUUCUGCUGGCACUGUCACUACUUUUUAUUUGUCAUCAGAUGGGCCAGCCACAGAUCCAAACCAUGAUGAGAUCGACUUUGAGUUCCUUGGUAAUCUUACCGGAGAACCAUAUACCCUCCACACCAAUGUGUUUGCCAAUGGAAAAGGGGAUAAGGAGAUGCAGUUUCAUCUGUGGUUUGAUCCAACUAAGAAUUUCCACACCUAUUCAAUCCUAUGGAAUCCGCAACAUAUCAUCUUCUUGGUGGACAACAUCCCAAUAAGAGACUUCAAGAACCAUGACUCAAUGGGAGUCCCAUUUCCUAAGACUCAACCCAUGAGAUUAUACUCGAGCAUAUGGGACGCUGAGGAGUGGGCUACAAGGGGAGGCCUCAUCAAGACGGACUGGAGCAAAGCACCAUUCACUGCAUACUACCAAAAUUUCAAUGUCGAUGCUUGUGUUUGGUACUCAACCUCUGGCAUUUCUAGUUGUGCUUCUAAAAAUUCGAUGGAUUCAAUGGCGAGCAAGAAUGCGUGGUUUUUUGAAGAAAUGGACAAUGCUAGUUAUCGGAGGAUGAGAUGGGUGCAGAGGAAGUACAUGAUCUAUAACUAUUGCUCUGAUGUUAAGAGGUACCCCCGUGGACGUCCAAGAGAGUGCAGGCUCAGAUGAGCGUACUUUUAUGGAUCAUAUGUCAUUGUAAUAUAUAUAAGAAUUACCUGUCGUAUUAUUAUCAUGUACCUCCUGUCAAUUUAUCUUUGUUAAAUUCGACGGGCUACCAUAUUUGUCUUGUAUGUUGUAAUAAAUUCAAUAAAUAUAGAGAUAUAUCUA